AUGACCAUGGAGGAGCUGGAGGGGCGCCAGCUCGCAGGCGCCGCCGUGCGCGGCCCGGCCCCGCCGCCGCCCGCGCCCGGCCAGGCGCCGCAGGACGGCGCGCCGCGCGCCAACCAGGCGGCCACGCAGAAGCUGAUGAACUUCCUCAAGAAGGGACCGUCCCCCGCCGCCCCCGCACCGCCCGGGGGCGCGCCGCCGCCCCCGCCUACGCAGCAGCAGCAGCCGCAGCCGCAGGCACCACUGCCGCCGCCGCCGCCGCAGCAGCAGCCGCCACUGCCCCCGCAACCGCAGCAGCAGCAGCAGGAGCAGCAGGGCGUCGCGCCCCAGGGGCCGGGCAUAGACGCAGUGGACGACCUCUUUGCGGCCAGCAGCCUGGUGGGCAGCCUGCUAGACGACGCAGAGGACGAGGCCCCGAAGCCCAAAGCGCCCCUGAAGCUGCCCGGCGACGCCAUAGGCGGCGGCAGCAGCGGCGGGGGCGCGAUGCCGCCAGCGCUGCAGAACAUCUGGGGCACGGGUCCGGGCGUGUGGUCGGCGCCGGCGAAGGGCAGCGGGGUGUCGUCGCCGCUGUCGGGCGGCGCGGGCGGCGGCGCGAAGGCGCCUGCCGCGCAGCCGCAGGCGUCGCAGGCGCAACUGAUGCAGCAGCAGCUGCAGCAGCUGCAGCAGCAGCUGCCGUCGACGAGCGGCCCGCUGGGCGCCGGCGCGCAGACGACCGUCGCGACGGCCAACUCCAUUGCCGCGCUGUUGGCACAGGCGCAGCGCAUGCGGCCGGGGCAGGCACCUAUCGACCCCAACCAGCUGGCGGCGCUGCUGGCGCAGCAAAAGAUUGGCGCCGCUGGCGCGCCCCAGCAGCAGACGCAGGCGUCGCGCCCAACGCUGCCCGGCGGCGUAGACAUGGCCGCGCUCCUCCAGAAUGCGGCGGCGGCGGCAGCGGCGGCGCGGCCGCCGCCGACACAGCAGCAGCAGGCACUGCAGCAGCUGCAAGCUGCCGCGCUGGCGCCGCGUAUGCCGGGGCAGCAGGCCGCAGCGCCAAACAUGCAGCAGCUGCUCAUGCAGGCGCAACUACAGAUGCGGGCAGGCCAACAGGUGCAGCACCAACAGCACCAACAGCAGGCUCAGGCUCAGCAGCAGCAACAGCAGCAGCACCAGCAGCAGCAGCAGGCCAUCGCGCAUCAGAUCCUGCUUCAUCAACAGCAGCAGCGGCAGCAGCAGCAGCAGCAGCAGCAGCAGCAGCUGGCUGCGGCAGGAUUCGGCACGGCCCAGGGCCAGUAUGGUGCGCCUCGGCCGGGGAUGCCCGUCGCAUUGUCCCAGGCGCCGCCAGGGCAGCAGCAGCAGCAGCAGUUCCAGCAGCUCCUUGCCCAGCAGAUGCUGCAACACCAGCAGCAGGCGGCGAUGCUGCCGCCAGGGGCGCGCAUGAUGCCAGGCAUUCCACAAGGCGCGCCCAUGGCAGGUCUGCAGCAGCAGCAGCAGCAGCAGCAGCAGGCAGACCUGCAGCGCCUGCUGGCCCAGGCCGCACUGCAACAGCAACAGCAGCAGCCGCGCUGA